GCCGCAGAUCAGCAGCAGCGGCGGCAGCCGGCAGAUCUGCGUGGGCUGAGAUUCUCCUGCUGUGGGUUGUGGGACUUGGAUGGUCCUCUUCCCCCACUUCCCUUGGUUUCUGCACGCUUCCAACUUGGAUGGCACCCUUGUACCAAGCCUCUGUACAUGUAGCCGCCUAGCCGGCCGUGGUGGCCGCAUGUGCUUGCCCCGCGGUGGUCCUCUCCUACAGCCGGCCACUCAGGCAGCUAGCCGUCCUAAUCGACAGUACAGCCGUCCCAUUCAUUCUGAAUGCCCCGAAUCAGUACCAGUGUGCUAAACUGCUAAUCAACGAGUAUUGCUCUGUAACUCAGAAUCAGUGCCCAGAAUCAGCAGGUCAAAUCAUCGCCGUCGCCGUCCGGUGUGUCACGGUUUGGCCGUGGGAGCACCACAGCGCGACGUUUUAUUUUAAAAGCGACAAGGAAAGAGCAUCUGAAUCCACCCACCGGAUGAAGAUGUGCCGCGUCGUGUGUAGUAUAACGUUAACGUGGCAAUCACGUGCAGCAAGCACAAGAUUUUUUUACUCCUGUUCCUCGGUCUGGGCACUGUUUCACUGGAAUGCGGUGAGGGAGAAGUGUGCUCUCAACGAGGGGUGGUAGGUGGCUGAAAUCUGAAUAGGUCAUGGUCGUAGUCAGAGAGAGCGAAAUAUCUUUGUAGGGACGAUGGAUUGGAAUUGCUUUCUUUUGAAAGCACGUUUCACGAUCACAUCGUCAUGCCGUGUGCUUCUUCUCUUGUUAAGCUUGAUGAUAGUUUGCCCCAAAACACGCAUUUCAGUUCUACGGUUACACAUUGUUCUCGAGGGCAACAUCGCACCACCUAACUCUUAGCUGUUCUAAUAAUCAGUCACCAUUUCUCCAUCUUCUUCUGCCGUCCUGUGUUUCACUGUAGUACGGCAGUCGAUUUGUUUGGGUGAUUACUAUUCAGAAGCAUGGGCACAGAUCUGAAGCAGCACAUGUGAACCUCCUCCGGUGCACGCACUCAAAACGGAAUCUGAAUGUGUCACACAUGCCAUUGGGCUCGCACAUGCACAACUUGCCAUUUCAUCUCGGAAUAUUUUAUCUCGUGUAGCCAAGGAAGCGAAAGUGGCUCGUUGCAUCGUGCACUGGCAGAACUUUAGCAGUAGAUUGUCCCAAGGUCAAAUCAACACAUUUUGUAGAAAAUGUCACAAUAUAACCUACAUCAGGCACAUGAGUUGGAUCACAUAUUGUUAAAAAAUAGCUCCCCUGUCUCCACCGCGCUACAGUCUCUGCCUUCCGGCUCCUUAUGUAGGGUCUCUGCCGGCUAGACCACAUCCCGAGCUCGUGGUGGCCGGAUCCAGUAUCAGCGCCCGCGCCCGAGCUCGUGGUUGCCGGAUCCAGUGCCGGCUUUCGUCCGCAAGCUCGCCGGCGGCGCAUCGAUUAGCAGCAAAAUGGGUGCCGGCGGUAGGAUGACGGAGAAGGAGCGGGAGAAGCAGGAGCUGCUCAGCCGUGCCAGCGGCGGCGCGGCCGUGCAGCGCUCGCCGACGGACAAGCCGCCGUUCACGCUGGGGCAGAUCAAGAAGGCGAUCCCGCCUCACUGCUUCGAGCGCUCGGUGAUCAAGUCCUUCUCCUACGUGGUCCAAGACCUCGUUAUCGUGGCGGCGCUCCUGUACGUGGCGCUGGUGUGGAUCCCCACCCUGCCGAGCGCGCUGCAGCUGGGCGCCUGGCCGCUCUACUGGAUCGCGCAGGGCUGCGUGAUGACCGGCGUCUGGGUCAUCGCCCACGAGUGCGGCCACCACGCCUUCUCCGACUACUCGCUCCUCGACGACAUCGUUGGCCUGGUGCUGCACUCGUGGCUGCUCGUCCCCUACUUCUCCUGGAAGUACAGCCACCGCCGGCACCACUCCAACACGGGCUCCCUGGAGCGCGACGAGGUGUUCGUCCCCAAGCAGAAGGAGGCGCUGGCGUGGUACACGCCUUACAUCUACAACAACCCCAUCGGCCGCCUCGUCCACAUCGUCGUGCAGCUCACCCUCGGGUGGCCGCUGUACCUGGCGAUGAACGCCUCCGGCCGCCCGUACCCGCGCUUCGCCUGCCACUUCGACCCCUACGGCCCGAUCUACAACGACAGGGAGCGCGCCCAGAUAUUCGUCUCGGACGUCGGUAUGGUGGCCGUGUCGCUGGCCCUGCUCAAGCUCGCGUCGUCGUUCGGGUUCUGGUGGGUGGUGCGCGUCUACGGCGUGCCGCUGCUCAUCGUCAACGCGUGGCUGGUCCUCAUCACCUACCUGCAGCACACCCACCCGGCGCUGCCGCACUACGACUCCACGGAGUGGGACUGGCUGCGCGGGGCGCUGGCCACCAUGGACCGCGACUACGGCAUCCUCAACCGCGUGUUCCACAACAUCACGGACACGCACGUCGCGCACCACCUCUUCUCCACCAUGCCGCACUACCACGCCAUGGAGGCCACCAAGGCGAUCCGGCCCAUCCUCGGCGAGUACUACCAGUUUGAUCCCACCCCCGUGGCCAAGGCUACAUGGCGCGAGGCCAAGGAGUGCAUCUACGUCGAGCCUGCAGACCGCAAGGGCGUCUUCUGGUACAGCAACAAGUUCUAGCUUGCUACAAAAGAUCGAAUCCCGUCAUCGUCCGUGCCGCAGGAAUGUGAGGAAGAAUUCGCGAAGAGGAUCCUACCUACCGAGUAUCCAUCCAUCUACCUAUUAGUCUUUAGAUAGGAGAGAGCAUUUGGGCACAAGGAAGACUUUCACCAUGCCAAUGCUAGAGCUGCCACCAGGUCAGCAAGUAGUAAGCGUGUCCGUGGCUUUUGGUCAGUUCCGUCUUCUUCUUCUUCUUGUGUUCUCUGCCUUCAAUUCUAGUCGUCGGUUUAGUUUGGCCGGUGGUCGGUGUCCAUGUCCGUGUGGCCAUGGCAUGGCCGUCUUUGUGUGUGCGUCUUGUCAUUGCAUUGGCGUCAUCUCUCCGUCCUUGUCGUGCUGUUGUAGACCAUUUGGUGUUUAUGGCGGAAUAACUGAACAUCGAACGGCAACUUUUUUGAGUACU